CCCUCCUCGCCCUCACUCGUUUCUCUCUCCCCUCCUCGCUCCAUCUCUCCCGCGGCCCUCCCCUGCCUCUCCGAUCUCAAUUCCACGGCUGUAUGGUGUCGACCUGUCCUGUGUCCGGAUAGGCCCCCGUCAACCUCUCCCUCAUCUGCCUCGCUCAACCUCUGGUUGCCGUUCUCAUUCGUUCGGCUGCGUCUGUCGCUAUCGCUUUGACUGCCGUCGUCCCGUCACUACAAUCCUACUAGCCAUGGCGGCGCAGGCGGCCCUGAUUGCCGACACGAUUGUGGGCAUGAAAAGAGCCCUCCGCAAGGAGAAUGACUACUCCGGUCCCGAUGAACCGAUCACUCAACCAACAAAUCGGGGCAACAAGCUACGCGCGAACUCCAACUUCGUGCGGGAGGGUGCCCUGGGCUAUAUACACCCCGAGGAACUCUACAAACAGAAAAUCGAACAUGCUGGAUAUACACGUUACAUCCUCCAGCCCAAUCCUGUGCGCUACGAUUCGGAAGGUGAUGAGCUGGACGAGGAUGACGAAGACUCCGAGGCCGAUGCCGCUGCGGCGGAAGAAAAUCCAUUUUCGGAAAUUGCGCUAGAAAAUUUCUUGUGCCCGCUGAAACAUCCGUCCGAACUUCCCACUCACCCUUCUCUAUCGCAUGCUUAUACCUCGAAGGCUCUGCUACACAUGACACAGGCCAUUGAAGCCAAGCUCCGUCAGGAAAGAGCACUUCUAUGGCGGGCAAGGAAUCUACACCGGCAAUUUCUGGGCGAUAGUUCCUGGAUGCCAUCUGGAGCGGUUGAAACACCGGAAGACCGAUUGAUAUUCGAGCCCCGGAUGGCAAGCACUACACGUAGUUCGCCCGCGAGUCAGUAUAAGCCUAACGGGACUGCUAACCACUUGGCGCCAGGGGCGCCUGCUGCUCAGAAAAACGGCACACAAGGCCCGUCGUUGGUGGCAGGUAAUGCAAAGUUGUCCCGGGCCACGCACAACGAGGGUUCUCAGGGCCAUUCCACCGCGGACAAGGACAUUGAGAUGGCCGAUGCCCAUGAACAGGGGAUUCCCCCCAAAGAUCUCGUGUCGAUCACGCUUGAACAGACCCGAGAGCCCAAAUCUGAAGAAGUUGAUACGCCAGUUGGCGACCUGCCGCAUCACUCGGAGACUACCAACCUGGAACCGCAAGUCAAUGGAAGCAAUAUAGCACACACCGACGCUGACGGGGAUCGGAUGUCGGACUCGGAUGGCACCCUGGACAGAGAUGGGAAGGAGCACGGAGGUUCCGCCCUGCAGGGAGGUGCGCAUGCCGACCCCGGUCAUCAGGACAAUACCCAGGUAGAUGAGACGGAUAGAGAUGCAGAAAUGCAAGAUGGAUCAUCGCCCGAGCCACCCCGCCGAAUGACCACGCGAGCUCAGGCCAACGCAGCGAAUCCACAGCAGGAGGAAGAAUCCGGGUCGCUCUCCCCGUCCCCGUCUGACGAUACGCUAGGGAGUCUCCCGAUACCACAUCCGCUUUUCCUUAUACCGGACUCGGUCCGGCCAGACUCAAACUUCGGCCUCCCGCCCAACGAAGCUGAAGACACCCGCCGACUGCUUUGGUCUUAUGUCCAAAAGCAGGAGGAGACGGUUCGUGGGUUCGAGCACAUGCUGGAGUCUCUGCUUCGAGCCUGUCGGAUGAAAGACGACGUGCUAGAGUGGUGCAAGGCGGAGGGCCACGUUGGCGAGCUGAGUGAUGGAGAAGAUUGGUAUGACCGGGAGAAAUGGGGGCUAGCGGAAGGGGAGGAUCUUAAAAAAGGUGCCGACGAAGACGAAAUCGAGACGGUGGAGGAAAGCCGGACAGCGAACAAGAGAGGCAGAGGCCGGCGGGCAUAGACCGGACAGACCCUGGAAGUUGACCGGCGUUCUAUAUACCUUGGCUUGAUUGUAGCCUGGACGGUGCUGUUGCCAGAUGUGCAUGCGCAUCCCGUCCACUUUCGAAAAUCCAUAGCGUGGAGUUGGUGGUGUUUGAUUGAGGGAACCCGGUGUCUUUUGGCUACCCCCGACGAUUGUGCGAUGGUCUUUUAUGGGAUUUGCCUAGUGAAUUAGCUGCUUUACGUCUGACUUUCUCGGGGAUACGGUGUGAUUUAUGAUAGCUGAUGAUCAUCGCAGAACUACACAAGCGUAGCAAAUGAUACCCGUUGUUCCUGUUA